AUGGAUUUCAGUGGGACCCUCAGCAUCCUCCUGGCGAUAUGCAUCAUGUGCAUCUUCCUCCUCUUGACCCGCAAGAAGAAAAACUGGCACAACCUGCCGCCCGGGCCCACCCCCAUCCCGUUCCUGGGGAACAUGCUGCAGGUGGAGGUGAAGGAGCUGAUAAAGUCUCUGCGGAAGCUCAGCGAAACCUACGGCCCGAUCUACACCUUUUACCUGGGCUCCCGGCCCUGCGUGGUGCUUUCUGGGUACAAGGUGCUGAAGGAAGCCCUGAUUGAUAAGGCCGAGGAGUUCAGCGGCAGGGGGGACUUCCCGGCAGUGCAGAUGUGGAGUAAUGGAAACGGGAUCGUCUACGGCACCGGGGAGCGGUGGCGGCAGCUGCGCCGAUUUGCCAUCACCACCUUCAAGAACUUUGGCAUGGGGAAGAGGAGCAUGGAGGAGCGGAUCAAGGAGGAGGCCCAGGUCCUGGUGUCCGAGUUCCGGAAAACCGAAGGCAAACCCUUUGACCCCACCUUCUUCCUGAGCUGCGCCGGCUCCAACAUCAUCUGCACCCUGGUCUUCGGGAAGCGUUUCGAAUACACCGACAAGAAAUUCCUCACCCUGCUCAACUUGAUCAACAGCAACUGGAAACUCAUGAGUUCCACCUGGGGGCAGUUGCUGUUCACGUUCCCCAAGAUCAUGAGACACGUCCCCGGGCCUCACAGGCAAAUCUAUAAGAACUACCUGAAGCUGGCCGCUUUCGUCGGCGAGCAGCUGAAGAUGCAUAAAGAGAUCCUGGAUCCCAACAACCCGAUGGAUUUCAUCGACUGCUUCCUCAUCAAAAUCCAGCAGGAAAAGAACAACCCCAACACACACUUCAACGACGAGACGAUGUCUAAAACCACCGUGAACCUGUUCUUUGCUGGGACGGAGACCGUCAGUUCCACCUUGAGAUACGGGCUCCGCAUCUUGCUCCGACACCCUGAGAUCGAAGAGAAGCUGCACGAGGAGAUUGACCGGGUGAUCGGCCCCCACCGCAGCCCCUGCAUGGAGGACCGGAGCCGGAUGCCCUACACAGACGCCGUGAUCCAUGAGAUCCAGCGCUUCACGGACAUCGUCCCCAUGGGCGUGCCCCACACCGUCACCCGGGACAUUCAGUUCCGCGGCUACACGCUGCCCAAGGACUUGAACAUCAUCCCGCUGCUGUGCACGGCCCAGGCCGACCCCACCCAGUUCAAGAACCCCACCUGCUUCGACCCCACCCACUUCCUGGACGAGAACGGGCGCUUCCGGAGAAACGACGCCUUCAUGGCCUUCUCGGCAGGGAAGCGGCUCUGCUUGGGCGAGAGCCUGGCCCUCAUGGAGCUGUUCAUCUUCCUCACCGCCAUCCUGCAGAACUUCACCCUCCGGGCCCUGGCGGCGCCCGCGGAGAUCGACAUCUCGCCCGAGUCCAGCGGCUUGGGGAGCAUCCCGCGGCCCUACGAGUUCUGCCUGCUUCCCCGCUGA